UUUUGCAAUUGGUAAAUCUGCGCAUGCUCAUUGAACUCUGUUCCGGUUUUGCGCGGAGUCACGUCAUGUGCAUUUCCAUGUAUAUCGAGCAGUAAUUCUUAAGUGUCAUAAGUCAAGUGGGACAGUGAUACCAUGUAUGGCAGAAGAGAUGUCCGCAUUCUCCUUUUGGGAGAUGCUGGUGUUGGCAAGACAUCUCUGAUUUUGACACUUGUCAGCGAUGAAUUCCCGGAAGAAGAGGUCCCAGCAAGAGCAGAGGAGAUCACGAUACCACCGGAUGUUACUCCUGAGAAGGUUCCAACCCAUAUCGUAGAUUUCUCAGCUCGAGAGCAAAGUGAUGAGAUUCUCCUUGAAGAAAUAGACAGGGCUGAUGUGAUAUGUGUGGUGUAUGCAGUGAGCAAUAAAGACACGAUAGAUAGUAUCACAGAUUACUGGCUACCUCUGGUACGGAAUACCUUAGGGUCGGAUCACCUGACACCUGUCAUUAUUGUUGGUAACAAAUCCGAUCAAGCCGACGCCAACAGCUUGGAGACGGUGGUUCCAAUCAUGAACGACUAUGCAGAGAUUGAGACAUGUGUAGAGUGUUCGGCAAGGAAUCUGAAGAACAUCUCGGAAGUAUUCUACUACGCACAGAAAGCGGUCCUCCAUCCAACAGGACCAUUGUAUUCAGCGGAAGACAAAGAACUUAAACCAGAGUGUAAGAGAGCGCUGUGUAGAAUAUUCAACAUCUGCGACCUGGACAAUGAUGGUAUUCUCAAUGAUUAUGAACUUAACUUGUUCCAGAGGAGAUGUUUCAAUGCACCACUUCAGCCUCAGGCUUUAGACGAUGUAAAAGCAGUAGUUAGGAAAAAUAUACCAGAAGGCGUUAUGAACAAUGGACUCACUCAAAUAGGUUUUCUCUUCCUUCAUACGCUAUUCAUUCAACGAGGGAGACACGAGACAACAUGGACUGUCCUUAGGAAGUUUGGUUACAGUGAUUCACUCAAACUCAACUCAGAAUACUUACAACCAAGGUUGAGAGUUGGUAGAGGUUGCUCGACAGAAAUGAGUCAUUUAGGCUACCAGUUCCUCACAUCUCACUUUGAAAAAUAUGACAAGGAUCGUGAUGGUGCCUUAUCACCAGCGGAGUUACAGACGUUAUUCCAGACAUGUCCCAUGAUGCCAUGGGGUCCUGAUGUCAACAUGACGGUAUGCACCAACGAGAAGGGUUGGAUCACGUUACAUGGUUACCUAUCGCAAUGGACGUUGACCACAUUACUGGACAUUCAGAGAACGUUGGAAUUCUUAGCUUACUUUGGAUACAGAUAUGUAAUGGCAGAUCAUGAAAACCAGCUCUCAGCAAUUAUUGUGACAAGAGACAAGAAGGUAGAUCUUCAAAAGCGUCAAACAUCCCGUAAUGUCUUCCGUUGUAACGUGAUUGGUCCAAGAGGAGCUGGCAAGUCGGCAUUCCUUCAGGGUUUAACUGAACGUAGUCUUGACUCACCAGUAAUCAUGAGAGAUAACCUAUCAGCAUAUGCUAUUAACACUGUACAGGUCUAUGGACAAGAGAAAUAUAUACUGCUCCGUGAAAUUGAUGUUGGUCUCUCAGAUGAGCUUUCUUCAGAAGAGCUUGAAUGUGAUGUUGCAUGCUUAAUGUAUGAUAUCUCAGAUCCACGGACCUUUGAAUACUGUGCUAAGAUUUACAAGCAACACUUUGAGAGGAACAGUGUACCAUGUUUACUGGUAGCUGGUAAGAGUGAUAAGCAUCCGGCCCGACAGGACUACCCUCUGCAACCGGCUCAGUUCUGUACCCAUUACGGUCUCCCGCCACCCCAGACAUUCAGCAGUGUAGGAAGACCAAACAAGGAUAUCUACAUCAAACUGGCUACUCUUGCCGCUUAUCCCGUGGUGAAAGGGAUGUCUGUUCUAGUCGACCACCCAGCCAUAUUCUGGGUGCGAGAGAAAUUCUGGGGCUCCAGUGCCAGUUUCAGGCAUCUGAAAGGAAUCCCAGAAGAAGGGACCCAUCGCUGGAUCAAGGUUGGUCUAGGUCUCGGAGCCUUUGCAGCCAGUCUCUUUCUUGUCUACAGAUUCAUCAAGCAUCAGAGGUCAUAACCCUAACCCUUCCCUCCAUAGAUAUAUAGGAUUGAGUAACAUGCAGUAUUUCAGAAUAUAAAUUUGUUGCCAUAUGAACGGCAGAUGUUCAUACUACUUUAUAAGUGAGGAAAGAGCUACAAGUUACCCGCUAACCUUAGCCUUCCACUAGGUAGGAAAUGGGAGGACUUUUUUUAUUCCUCUCUGAUUUGCUCUUCUGGCAUUACCAUCAAUGGGAAUAUGCAAGUUUUCUGUGGGUGGAGUUCAAGAUAUGGUGUGGAUGUGAUGCAAUCCAGUGUGUAAUUUUGAUUCAGAUGUUUUGCUCCACUCUAACCUGUAUUCUGGUUUUAUAUUCCAUCAAAGAAUUUACACUUGUGGAACAUGACACUGAAAUUUUCAGGUGAAUAUUAUUCAUUUAAAUUUCCCCUUCUUUGGAAGAAAACCUAACUAUGGAAAGCCAAAGAUACCAUAAUUGGUUUUCUGUGGAUGUUGUAAGGAAAUGUCACCAAACAUUACAAUUGGUCAUGUGACAGUUUGGGACAUUUUAGUUACUAUAUAUUUUGCAUGAAAGCAACAAUUGCAACCUACAUGUAUCAUGACAGCUGCUUGAUUACAGAAUUCAUAAGAGAUUGCAGAAGAUGUACAUGUACACGUCAUUGAUCUGACCAAUUGGUUUCUUUGUAUGACGGAUAGUGUAUGUGCCUUCGAGGCUUUCCAUGAAUAAGAUUAAUUCAAAUAAAUCACAACCAUUUCCAUGACAGGUCCAGGAUUCAAUAGACUCUUCACCAAACAGAUAUUUUCAUCUUUGUGAUAAGAGUGUUAAUUUUGCAAAUAUGCCAGAUUUGAAGGUCAUGUGAUGUUUGAAUGACAUGUGUAAUGUUUUUAUUAAUCUAAGCAAUGCAGAGCAAACAUAAUAUUGAAGUAUAUAUAUAAAGAAAACAAAGCUGCAAUGUAAACUGAUAGUGAUUGCUCUUCAAUCCCUCUUGAAUUCUGAAAUGAUUGGAAUUCUCCUAGCUUCAAGCAAGUGUUCCUAGAAAAACUUUCAGCUGUGUGUUGGACCAAUUUUACAAUUCUAUGAUUAAAUGUAGUUUCAAUUUUGUAGUUGAUGCUACUCAAACGUUUCAUUUUUGAAUUACACUUUUGAAGUUUGCUUUUGAAUUCAAAAUUGAAUUUGAACCUUUAAUCACUUGCCGCUUAUCUAUGUAGGAUUAAACUAUAUGUGCCUAUAUUUAUAUUAGGCAGAGAAAUUAAAUGACGCACAACAUUGCUGUAAUAUUUCAACAGCAAUAAGAAGAAAAAUAUGAUCUGCUCACUGAUUGCUGAUUUUUUUUCUUAUUGACUAUUUACUGUUAGGGUUGAAAUAUUGCUACAAGACAUAAAAGUGAGGUAAAUAAAGUAACACCAUGCUCACUGCUUAUUUGACGAUUAUCUAGUCGAUGAUUGAUGUAUUGCAACAUACUGUAAAGGUUCAGGUGCUGAAUUCAAAUACAUAUUUUGUAUUUUUCAUACGAUCUUGAUAAUUCCUGAAUGCAGAGAAUGGGUAGAAAAGUCAUAGAAUUAUUAGCUAUAUCUGUCUGGUCGACAUUGCAGCUUAUUAUGAACAUGCAAGAAUUUUCGGAUGACUAGUGCUUCAGUCAUAUUUCCCCUACGGCAGCUGUAUGGCAAGUCAAAGGGGAAAUGUGACUGUGCCAUUAAGACCAUGACAUACUAUCUCUCUUUUAAAAAGAAUUGUAAAUUUUUUUCUAAUAUUGAAAUAAUGUUAUAAGCCUGAAACUUAAUAGAAAAAUCUCUAUUUCUGACAGUCAAUGGUUUAAAACACCAAUUAAUGUUUGCAUUGUGAAUCAUUUACUUUUCAGAGUGUAACAUAUAAAUGGCAGGUAAGCAGGAUGGGGGGAUAAUUGCAGUAUGAAAGACGUGGCUGAUAAUAAUUUGAAUUUAUGAAAUUUGACGAGAUGAAAGCAUUUUCUAGCUUACUGAUGAGAUGAAAUAUAUUCCAUAUUAUUUACCUCUAAGAAAAGUGAAUGUUUGUUAUAUAUGCGAAUCCUGAAGGAAGUUAAUGUCAAGAUGAGUCACGAGGCAAAUACACAAAUUGUGUUUAGUAAAAUCAUCCAUUUGGUGCCAGAAGGACUUUAAAUACAUUAAAUGAAUUUAAUGUCCUUCUAGCUCCAUACAUAUAUUGCUGUCUGUUCCUUUGGAGAUCAAAAGAAGAUAAUCAUGUAGUCCUUGUAAUGUUUUUAUUUGUUGGUAAAGUAUUUCAUGAUCGUCUUUCCUCAAAGGAGAUGUUGGAAUUUAUACACAUUUUUGGGGUGGUGUUUCACAAAAAUUACUUGUAAUUUAUUGCAAAUACAUGCAUCAGUUCCUACUUUUCAGACUCACUAUAUAGCAAAUGAAUUUCUACUUCCUGAUACAAAAAGCAGACCAACAAUUGAUUGUAAAUUUUAGAUUGAUAGCAAUAUUUGGGACCUGAAUUUUACUUGCGAUUGAUUGCAUGUUUCUCGCAAUGCCUCCUAAGAUUGACUGAAAUUUCAGUCAGAUUUCAAUCAAUCAUACAUUUUGUGGAACAUGCUCCUGUAAACCCUAGACCAUUUGAAGAAAAAUUGUUUUGUAUGUAUUCAUUGUAACUUAAUGUAACCAUUUUGUGCUUAUGAUUAUACUAUGUGAAUGGCAUACAUACAUCCCUGGGGAUGUUUCACAUAGAGGAAAGUCUCUCUUAAACUCCUAGUUGCUUUCAUCCUGCACAUCACCAUAUUGAUGACAUAGGGGGAGGAAUGCUUUAUUGUACAAUCUAACAAGGAGAUUGUAUUUGGAAUAUUGUGCAUAUUACUUACAUUAAUUUCAGACUUCGCGCUUAGAAACUACUGUAAUAAGCGCUAUGUAAAUGUACAUUAUUAUUAUUAUUUCACUCUUUGUGUAAUACCCAGCAUAGUCAUCUUCCAAUCUCGGAUUUAGAAUUUCAAAUACUCUCCACAGCAUAAUUUUUCAACUCAUUGUUUGAAGACAGGUAUUAGAAUGCUGUCAUAGACCCAGGGAGUGUUUCACUUGGCUUUCUGUUAGUGAUUUUCACACACAAAUCUGCUUCUAGCCAAUCAUUUGUGUGGAUUUCAGUAGCUUGUAACACCUAUCAGUGAGAAUCAUUGACAAAUUGCUUGGCGAAAUGCUCCCUUGAUUAUUCCUAAGAUGUGUGCUUGUAUUCUUCCAUUCAAUUUGUUAACCUGUUACUGUGAGUAGAUUUAUAUUAUAGAGUGCUACACAUGGGUUCUGACCAGAAAAUAAAGUAGAACUGGAUUUGAAAAAUAUAGAGGUAUUAUAGACCUGAGAAAAAAAGCAUUAAUCCUCAUCAAAAUGUCCCUCUAAGAGGACUAAAAAGGAUCAGGUUGCCUCAUUGCAAACAUCAAUGAUAAUGUCCAAGUAGUCAGGUUAAAAUCUGCCAAAGAUAAAAAGAGCUUGAUUAGAAACAGAAACUAUGUGUUCGUAAUAGGUCAAACACAUAGUUUCUGUUUGUUCUUACAGCUUAUGCUAUUCUAGUUUUGUUAGAAUUAUGACAUGACUGUAAUCGAGGAUUUGAAGCGCACCCCCCACGCGCCCUGAUAUGGUAGUUUUUCACAAUGAUUAUUCUUUUCUUCGGGUGCAGUUUCCUCAGAAUUCAUUUAACUAUUGACAAUGAUAUUGAGAUAUUAGCACAAAUCAUUUAUCACAGUACAUGUAUGCUUUGGUUUUAUUCAUAAUUCAUUGAAUGAGUAAUUUUUUUAUUUUAACUCAUUUUCCUAAAGAUGGCAAAAACAUUGUGUCCAUGAUUUAAGGAAUAAUGCAUGCCCUAGAUUUAGAGGUAACCUCCAUGCUUGAGAAAAGAAUUCAUGAUGUACCACCAAGGCUCUACAUUGAGUAAGUGAGAAACCAAACAAAUUAUUGUACUUGGUACAUGUAUGAGACUGUAGUAAAUGUUCAAGGUUGUCAUUAAAAAAAAGUUACUUCAGCAUUUCAUAUCAAGACAGUCCUUAUAUUUGAGAUUGAAGACAUUGUUGGUCCUUCAUACUCUAUUGACCCUUGACCUAUGGUGUAACAAAUACAGAGUCACGUGUAGAGAUUGUGCUUGUAAAAUAUAUUGAAGAACUUGGUUCCAGAGGGUACAAAAUCCACUUUUAAUGAAAACAAUAAAGUUAUUCAUAUCAGGUUGUUAUUAAGGGAGUGAAAUAUCUUUGAACAAAAGAAUUAACAUUGAUUUUAAGAGUAAUCAUGAGGAACACAUGAUUUUAUAUUCAUCUUCCAUGAAUGUGUGU